AGAGGCUAACUGAGCUAGCAGGAGCUAACGCAGCUAACACAGCUAACAUGACGGAGUAGCUGAUGGCUACUGACGGCAGUCUCAAGCAGAUGGAGAGGAGGCGUUCAGCCCAAGAGGACAUUUGUCCGCUGCAGUCUAAAUCUUUGAGGACGGACGGAGAGACCGUUGUCUUCAAACUAGACAGGAAGUCUCCGAUGUCUCGAACAGGAAGUUCCAGACAGGACAGACAGGAAGAGGAGAGAACACCUGUCUCAGGUGACACAGAAGUAGUAAACUGUGACAUCACACUGACAAGCGAACACGUGGGAUCCUGUUUGAAUAAAGUUUGGUUGAAUCCACCCGUCGACGCGGUCACCAGCGAGGCCAGUGAGGACGAACUGGGACGACUGGACAUCGACCUGGACAGGAAGUCCAAACAACACAACCUGACAUCCAGGAACGUGCGCGCCAUCCUGCACGAGGUGAUAACCCAUGAGCGUGUGGUGGCCAUGAUGAAAGCUGCCAUCAGAGACACUCAGAACCUGCCGAUGUUUGAGCCAAAAAUGACUCGAUCCAGACUGAAACAGGCCGUUCAGCAGGGACAGCCACUGAACUGGAGUCUGUCAGCAUUGCACGCAGCCACGGUCAAGCCUCCUCAGUUUGUUGACAUUGAUCUUGAGGAGGAUGAAGACUCAUCAGAUGAAGAGUAUUGUCCCGAUGAGGAGGAGGAGGAGGAGGAGGAAGACAUGGCAGAAGAGACCUUCUUCAGUGAUGCAGACAGCUUGGCUUCACCUCUCAAAAAGCAUCAGGGCUCUCAACCCAAACUUCUGGCAGAUCAGAGGACUAAUGAACCCCGACAGAGAUCUCCAGAACGCCUGAGGGAACAGUUGAUGACCUCUGCUCCUCAUCACUUCCUCACUGCUCCGGAGUCUUCCUUCCUGGAGAGACUGAAUGCUGUGGAAGAGGAGCUUGACUGCAGCCCUGCAUACACCUAUAACCAGCCUCUGGACAGAAAAGCUGAUGAUGAUGGUAGUCAUGAAGGCUCCAGCUGUUUGGCGUACCGUACACGCUCCAAACUUCGUCUGGUUAACGUUCCUCUGGGUCAGCUGGAGGCGGCGCUUCUGGCCCCGGACAUCACUGCUGACAUGUACGGUCACAGUACCGCCCAGCGGGAGGAGGACCGUCAUUGGACGAAGUGGCUGCAGGGCCUCAUGGCCCCCGACAGUGAAGAGGAAGCUGAUGACGAUGACGAUCCAGAGUACAACUUCCUGGAUGACCAAGAUGAACCUGAUCUGGAGGACUACAGAACAGACCGUGCAGUCCAGAUCACCAGUAUGUAUUGUAGACUGGGUCUAGGGUCCACAGACCCUGUGUGUGUUUUGUUUUGUCCUCCCCUCUGUGUUAACACUUCUUCUUUUUCAGAGAAGGAAGUGAAUGAGCUGCUGGAGGAGCUCUUUGAUACAGUGAGUUGAUUUUUACCAGCUUGUGUUUCUAAUGAUUUCUACUAAUGAUUCAUGGUGGUGAAUCGAGACUUUGUGAUGAGUCGGCAUCUAAGAACAAGUCAGGACUUAGUUAAGAGUCGGGAUCUGAGAACAAGUCGGGACUUAGUUAAGAGUCGGGAUCUAAGAACAAGUCGGGACUUAGUUAAGAGUCGGGAUCUAAGAACAAGUCCGGACUUAGUUAAGAGUCGGGAUCUGAGAACAAGUCCGGACUUAGUUAAGAGUCGGGACUUUGGGACGUGUCGGGGCCUCGUGAUGUUUCGUGACUGAAGGACUGAAGAGAAGUUUCAGAACAACGUUUAAGUGAAAGAGAGAAGCUGAAAAUUUCUCCUGUUUCUCUGCUAGUUCUUUUUACACUUGGUGGUGUUUUUCAGUAUUGAUUCAAACGUCAUUGUCACACAAUUGUUAGGGUUUAUAAUUAUUUAUAAACAAGUCUUUUUCAUGUUUCCUCUCAAACACAGAAACUGUUUCCUUCAAAUAUCUGUUACAUUUCUCCUGCUUAGUUUAAACUCAAACAAGGAGUCUGGUUUUAGUUCAACAAGGCCGUUUACUGUGACACUGACGUCAGUUAUAUGUACAGCUCCAGGAGGAGGAGGAGGUGGCAGCUGAGGAGGAGGAGGAGGAGGAGGAGGAGGAGGAGCAGGAGGAGGAUGUGGCAGCUGAGGAGGAGGAGGAGCAGGAGGAGGAUGUGGCAGCUGAGGAGGAGGUGCCAUCACAGACUGGACCCAAAUUCAACAUCCCCCAGGCUUUACGGUAAGAGUCCUGAUGCAUGAUGGGAGGUCAUACAACUACACAAACACAUCAUCACAGUUCUGUUGAUAUCUGGUUUUGCUGGUCUGAUCUGGUCUGGUCUGGUCUGGUCUGCUGAACCAGCAUUCAUCAUCAUGACGGUUUCUGGCUAAUUAAAAAGUAGCUUACAUCAGCAGCCUGGACCGACGGCGUCACAGCACUAAAUCCAGCUUGUGUUGCGUUAAUAAAAAUCAAUAUGACAACAUGAUUAGUAUGAUAUUAAAUUUGUUUAUAAACUUAAUAGACUUAGACUUCUUAUUUAGUGUUUAUUGGCUUCGAGGUGCAUUACUGCCACCAAGUGGACUGGAGUCUCAGGGUCUUUCUCAAACCAGACCCUCCCUACUAUGUGACGGACUGAACUCUCAUAGCUGCAUGAAACUUCCCUCUCUCUGGUGGAAACAGGAAGUGUCAUAAUGUUUCAUGUGAAGAAGGAACUGUUAAACAUAGGACUAACAGUAAGCUACACAAGUAACAGGAAGGUGGUAGAUUCACCAUCAAAUAGGCCUCGUUAUGGAGAAUUUGCUUUGGUGCAUAAACAAGAAACAGAGAUAUAGAACAGAAACAAAGUACUAUGAUAAUAUAAAAUAUAUAUAAAAAAUAUAUUGCAUACAAUAGGCUCGUUCAACAUAAGCCAGGCGUGCGCAGUUUCGAUCACCGGCGAUCGGUGCACACUGCAUGCUGGGUAGAUUUGCGUCCGACUUGCUCUGACGUCAUGAAAACGUGCGUAACGUUGAUCUCACAUGAGCGAGGCGGCCGCAGAUUUUAGAGCCAGGUGCUGCAGUUGCUCUCCACUGACUGCGUGACCCCAGGGCAUGAUGGGA